AUGUACUUUGUAAAAACGUUUAUUACAUUUUUAUUGCUGUUCUUAAGUAGGAGUACCAAUUAUUGGUGCGAACAUUCAAACACCUUAACACUUCAAACCAAUUCUUCUGAGUGUUAUCAAACAAAUUGGUCUUAUUCUUAUAAUAAAAACGAUGUAACUUUCAUUUUUAAAAAUGGGUGUUGUUCUUCCCAGAAGAUAUCAAUUGAACACAAAGUUGGUGAUAACAUGAAUGUACAUUUUAGAUUUGAAAAAGACAAUUAUUUGAAAGCAUUAUUUAUUAGAGAACAAAGUACUUUGGUCAGAAUUUUUAUUUGGGAUAAUGAUCGUCCUGAUAUGUUAUUUGUUUCAUAUGGAUGUUUUAAUGGAGAAGGAUAUUGUCGUACAAAUAUUAAUGAUAAGUUUCGACCAUGCGCUGAAAUAUUUAGCAAGGGAAUUUCAAUAUAUUCGGAUGUAGACCAAAAACAUUGGAUUUAUUAUCAUCGCUCAAAAACAAAUAUUGCUUAUUUGUUUAUUGAUGGUAAAGUAACACAAAGCGUUAUGUUUCAAGACAGAGGUGGCGGAGUUGUGGGAAAUAUUUAUGAAAAAACCAGAUUUUUGUUUUUGGGGAAAUCACAUGAUACGACAGUAAAAGUUACAUACUUUGUAAAUGCAACAGCGAGAUCAGUUUGUGCAAGAAAGGGGUAUGAAAGGUUUUUAUUAUUUAAGAACGAUGAAAUUGAGUCUUUAGAUGUGUUUAAUACAAAGUGUAAUUGUGAUGCAACAAAUACAAAUAUAACAAAAGAAAGUGUAAACACUUAUCCUGAUUGUCAAUACAAUAGUUCACUUUUUGAUUUGGAUUUGACAAAAAUCCAAACUGACACCCCAUUAACAAGUUCAAUAAACAUCAAAUUUGAAAUAUCAAAGUGGUUCUCUCUGUUAUUUAAAAUGAACAAUGUGUAUAUUUUGGAAAGUAUUAAAAAUAAAACUGAUAUUUUGGAGAUCGAAAUUUUAGAAAUGAAAGAAGGAGAAGAUAUCACUUUUCGGUUGAAUUGUGUUGUAAAUAAUUUAAAAAUCAGUUCACUUGGUAAAUAUUAUUUCCAAUCAGAUUUACAAAUAAACAACGUUGAAAUUACUAUG